CUUGGCACCAUGUCUCUUCUCAAUCCUGUCCUGCUGCCCCCCACGGUGAAGGCCUAUCUGAGCCAAGGGGAGCGCUUCAUCAAAUGGGAUGAUGAAACGACAGUCGCCUCCCCGGUUAUCCUCCGUGUCGAUCCCAGGGGCUAUUACUUAUACUGGACGUAUCAGAGCAAGGAGAUGGAGUUUCUGGACAUCACCAGCAUCCGGGACACCCGCUUCGGAAAGUUUGCCAAGAUACCCAAGAGCCAGAAGCUCCGGGAUGUCUUCAACAUGGACUUUCCUGACAACACCUUCCUGCUGAAGACACUCACAGUGGUGUCUGGCCCUGACAUGGUGGACCUCACCUUCCAUAACUUCGUCUCCUACAAGGAGAACGUGGGCAAGGUCUGGGCUGAGGAUGUACUGGCCCUGGUGAAGCACCCACUGACGGCCAACGCCCCCCGCAGCACCUUCCUGGACAAGAUCCUCGUGAAGCUCAAGAUGCAGCUCAGCCCCGAAGGCAAGAUUCCUGUGAAGAAUUUUUUCCAGAUGUUUCCUGCUGACCGCAAGCGGGUGGAAGCUGCUCUCAGUGCUUGCCACCUUCCAAAAGGCAAGAAUGAUGCCAUCAAUCCUGAGGACUUCCCAGAACCUGUCUACAAGAGCUUCCUCAUGAGCCUCUGUCCUCGGCCAGAAAUAGAUGAGAUCUUCACCUCCUACCAUGCUAAGGCCAAACCCUACAUGACUAAGGAGCAUCUGACCAAAUUCAUCAACCAGAAACAGCGGGACUCACGGCUUAACUCCCUGCUGUUCCCGCCAGCACGUCCUGACCAGGUGCAGGGCCUCAUCGACAAGUAUGAGCCCAGUGGCAUCAACGUGCAGAGGGGCCAGCUGUCACCUGAGGGCAUGGUCUGGUUUCUCUGUGGGCCAGAGAACAGUGUGCUGGCCCAGGACAAGCUGCUGCUCCACCACGACAUGACACAGCCACUCAAUCAUUACUACAUCAACUCCUCGCACAACACCUACCUGACAGCUGGCCAGUUCUCAGGCCUUUCCUCGGCUGAGAUGUACCGCCAGGUGCUGCUCUCUGGCUGUCGAUGUGUGGAGCUAGACUGCUGGAAGGGGAAGCCCCCGGACGAGGAGCCCAUUAUCACCCACGGCUUCACCAUGACCACAGACAUCUUCUUCAAGGAAGCAAUUGAGGCUAUUGCAGAAAGUGCCUUUAAGACCUCACCCUAUCCUGUCAUCCUGUCAUUUGAAAACCACGUGGACUCACCCCGCCAACAGGCUAAGAUGGCCGAGUACUGCCGGACGAUCUUUGGGGAUAUGCUGCUCACAGAGCCCCUGGAAAAGUUCCCACUGGAACCAGGCCUCCCCCUGCCCAGCCCCCAGGAUCUCAGGGGCAAGAUCCUCAUCAAGAACAAGAAGAACCAGUUUUCUGGCCCUGAAUCCCCCAGCAAGGAGUCUGGUGGGGAGGCUGAGGGCAGCUGCCCUCCCAGUGCCUUGGCUGGCGAGGACACAGUAUGGGCUGGUGAAGAAGGGCCUGAGCUGGAGGAGAAAGAGAUGGAAGAGGAAGAGGAGGAGUCGGGAAGUCUGGAUGAAGAGGAGAUAAAGAAGAUGCAGUCAGAUGAGGGCACUGCAGGCCUGGAGGCGACGGCUUACGAGGAGAUGUCCAGUCUGGUCAAUUACAUCCAGCCCACGAAGUUCAUCUCCUUCGAGUUCUCUGCCCAGAAGGACCGAAGUUAUGUCAUCUCCUCCUUCACGGAACUCAAGGCUUAUGACCUGCUCUCCAAGUCCGCAGUGCAGUUUGUGGACUACAACAAGCGCCAGAUGAGCCGCAUUUACCCCAAGGGAACCCGCAUGGACUCCUCCAACUAUAUGCCCCAGAUGUUUUGGAAUGCUGGAUGCCAGAUGGUCGCCCUUAACUUCCAGACGAUGGACCUGCCCAUGCAGCAGAACAUGGCGCUGUUUGAGUUCAAUGGGCAGAGUGGCUACCUCCUCAAGCAUGAGUUCAUGCGCCGGCCGGACAAGCAGUUCAAUCCCUUCUCAGUGGACCGCAUCGACGUGGUGGUAGCCACCACCCUUUCCAUCACGGUGAUCUCUGGGCAGUUCCUAUCAGAACGCAGUGUGCGCACCUACGUGGAAGUGGAGCUGUUUGGCCUUCCUGGGGACCCCAAGAGGCGCUAUCGUACCAAGCUGUCACCCAGUACUAACUCUAUCAAUCCUGUCUGGAAGGAGGAGCCCUUUGUCUUCGAGAAGAUCUUGAUGCCUGAGCUGGCCUCCCUCAGGGUGGCUGUGAUGGAGGAAGGCAACAAGUUUCUCGGACAUCGCAUCAUCCCCAUUAAUGCCCUAAAUUCUGGGUACCACCAUCUGUGCCUGCACAGCGAGAGCAACAUGCCCCUCACUAUGCCUGCGCUCUUCAUCUUCCUGGAGAUGAAGGACUAUGUACCUGAUACCUGGGCAGAUCUCACCGUGGCCCUCACCAACCCCAUAAAGUUCUUCAGUGCCCAUGACAAGAAGUCUGUGAAGCUCAAGGAGGCCAUGGGAGGCCUGCCUGAGAAGCCCUUCCCACUCGGGAGUCCACUUGCCAGCCAGGCCAAUGCGGCAGCAGCCCCAACGAGCAAUGGGUCAGCAGCCCCUGCCGUCGUCGCGGCCAGAGCCAGGGAGGAGGCCAAGAAAGAAGUCGCGGAGCCGAGGACCGCCAGCCUGGAGGAGCUCCGGGAGCAGAAGGGCGUCGUGAAGCUGCAGCGGCGGCACGAGAAGGAGCUGCGGGAGCUGGAGCGGCGCGGCGCGCGGCGCUGGGAGGAGCUGCUACAGCGGGGCGCGGCGCAGCUGGCCGAGCUCGGGCCGCUGAGCACCGGCGGCGGCGGCGGAGGCCGCAAGCUCGGCCCUGGCAAGGGCUCCCGUAACAAGAGAACCGUGCCCAGCGAGGAGAGCGCCCGGGCCGGGCCGGGAGAGGGCCCCGAGGGCACGGAUGCGCGUGUGCGCGAGCUGAGGGACAGGCUGGAGCUGGAGCUGUUGCGGCAAGGCGAGGAGCAGUACGAGAGCAUCCUGAAGCGCAAGGAGCAGCACGCGGCUGAGCAAAUGGCCAAAAUGAUGGCGCUGGCCACUGAGAAACAGGCGGCAGAGUUGAAGUCCCUCAAGGAGGCCUCAGAGAUGGACACCAAGGAGAUGAAGAAAAAGCUGGAGGCCAAGAGGCUGGAGCGGAUCCAGGCCAUGACCAAAGUCACCACAGACAAGAUGGCCCAGGAGAGGUUGAAGAGAGAGAUUAACAACUCCCACAUCCAGGAAGUGGUGCAGGUCAUCAAGCAGAUGACGGAGACCCUGGAGCGCCACCAGGAGAAGUUGGAGGAGAAGCAGGUGGCCUGCCUGGAACAGAUCCGGGAGAUGGAAAAACAGUUCCAGCAGGAGGCGCUGGCAGAGUACGAGGCCAGGAUGAAAGGUCUGGAGGUGGAGGUGAAGGAGUCGGUGAGGGCCUGCCUCAGGACCUGCUUCCUUUCCGAGGCCGAGGACAAGCCUGAGAAGGCCUGCGGGGCCUCUGGGGAGCUGCGUGAGCAGCACCCACUCACAGCAAAGGCCGACGUCCAGGACAGCCGCCUCUGAUGCCCCCAUCCCACUGGGACAUUUAGCAAGGAUGUUCAGACCCUUCUCUGGGACGUGACUCUAUCCCCCCAGGAGAACAGAGCCCCAGCACCCUGAGACUAUGGGAGGCUGGGUCUCCCGUGGAUGAUGCAGUCCCCUCCUCAAUAGCGAGCACAAAGGAGAAGGCAGGAGGCAGGUACCAUUAGGGCAAGGACCUUUCUGGGCCUAGAAGUCUUCUCCAAGCUGACUUGCUGCUCUCCAUCCUUCUCCCUGAUCUCUGGAUAAGUGUAGUAUAUUUGUUGAGGGCAAAAGAAUAUAGAUUGGGAAGCUGGAAAUGGGAUCCUGGCCCUGUUCUGCCUUUCCUAGUGCGCAACUAGUGGUAUCCCACUCUGAGCUCAGUUUCCUCACCUGGAGGUUUGGACCUACCCACCUUGGCACUUCACUCUGGUACUUGUGGUUCAAGUGGAACCAAACCCAAACCCCAAACCCUCUUUCCCCAGUGUGGGCAGCUCAACUGGGCUUCCAGGCCCCAUCUCAGGCCUCGCUGUCAGCUCCUUGAGGCAGA